AUGCGCCAAGACUCCACGGAGUAUGCUCGAAGAUGUGAUCGGUGCCAACGCUACAAGCCGGUCCCUGGCCUGCCCGCUGAGGAAUACCAUCCGCAGAACAGUCCAUGGCCAUUCAUGCAGUGGGCCAUUGACUUGGUGGGACCUAUGCCGACGACACUUGCCAAUAAAGAGAUGAUGAUUAUUGCCACUGAUUACUUCACCAAAUGGAUCGAGGCCGAGGCUUUAUCUUCUACCAAGGAGGCCGAUGUUGAAUGGUUCAUCUGGAAGAACAUUAUUUGCAGAUUCUGUUGCCCGCAAUCGAUAGUCACCGACAAUGGUACACAAUUCAUGGGUAGGCAGAUCACCGCAUUCUUUGCGAAGUAUGGCAUCAAACAACACCUGUCAACACCCCGAUACCCGCAAGGCAAUGGCCAAGUAGAGGCAUCCAACAAGAUAGUGCUGGACUGCCUAAAGAAAAGACUGGAAGGCGCAGAAGGAAAAUAG